AUGGCGCCCUCUUUCGACCAGCUGCGCGAGGCUGACCUCGACGACGACGAGUUCAAUGAAGAUGAAAUUGACGUUUCCGACCUGCGCGAGAAGUUCGAGGUCCAGCUGGAUCAGGGCUACGACACCUUUGUGGUCAUCGAUGGCCUCCCCGAGGUCACGGAGGACCAGAAGCCCAAGCUGGUCAAGUUUCUGCUGAAGAAGCUCAACACUGUUGGAAAGACUAGGGAGGAGCUGAUCUACAUGCCCAUGGGCGAGGAUGGAAAGUCUGAGCGCUUUGCCUUUGUUGAGUACUCCUCACCGGCUGAGGCUCAGGCCGCUACCCGUCAGCUAGACGGCGUUCCUUUGGAUAAGAAGCACACCCUCCGCGUCAACAAAAUCACCGACAUUGAGAGAUAUGGCCGAGAAGGUCGGGUUGACGAGAAAUACGUGGCCCCUGAAAUUGAAGAGUUCACCGAGAAGGAGCACUUGAGAUGGUGGCUGAAGGACCCCUCGGGCCGCGGCAGAGACCAAUUUGUUAUGUACCGUGGUGAAUCCGUCGGCGUCUUCUGGAACAACGAGAAGGACCAGCCCGAGAACAUUGUCGACCGCCAGCACUGGACCGAGGCUUUUCUCCAGUGGUCACCUCUGGGCACAUACUUGGCGUCGGUUCACCAGCAGGGUGUGCAGCUCUGGGGUGGCGCAUCUUGGUCACGACAGGCCAGAUUCGCCCACCCCUUUGUCAACUUGGUUGCCUUUUCUCCGAAUGAAAAGUACAUUGUCACUUGGUCCAACCGACCCAUCUCCAUCCCCGAAACUGGCCACCCUGCUCUUUCAGUUGACGACGAGGGCAAGAACUAUGUCAUCUGGGAUAUCGAGACGGCUGCUCCUCUGCGAUCAUUCGCCAACGUAGAUGCUCCCAAGGCAGAGGAGGGCAAGCCUCCGCCAAAGAUGCAGUGGCCUGCGUUCAAGUGGUCUGCGGAUGACAAGUACGUCGCUCGUCUGACCCCUGGUGCUUCCAUCUCCGUCUACGAACUGCCCCGAAUGAACCUUCUCGACAAGACCAGCAUCAAGAUUGAAGGCGUGGUCGACUUUGACUGGGCUCCGGCAACACCUCAGCGUGAGGGCGUCAAGACAUAUGAGCAGCUCUUCACCUACUGGCAGCCUGGCACGGGUAGCAACCCUGCCAAGGUCGGUCUGAUGAGCAUCCCCUCCAAGGAGAUUGUCCGCAGUCUCAACCUUUUCAAUGUCAGCGACGCCAAGCUGCACUGGCAGUCGGAUGCGGCCUACCUCUGUGUCAAGGUCGACCGACACUCCAAGUCAAAGAAGUCACAAGCCACAACUCUGGAGAUUUUCCGAGUCAAGGAGAAGGGAAUCCCCGUUGAGGUUGUUGACACCAUCAAGGACACAGUCAUCAACUUUGCCUGGGAGCCCAAGGGUGACCGAUUUGCCCUCAUCACCACCACCGAGCCCGUCGGCCCCACCGCCGUCCCUCCCAAGACAUCCGUCUCCUUCUUCUGCCCUGAAAAGGCAAAGGGCUCAUACGCCGGCAACUUCAAGCUACUGCGUACCCUCGAGAAGAAGAACAGCAAUGCCAUUUACUGGUCACCAAAGGGACGAUUUGUGGUCAUUGCCACAAUCGCCAACCAGCAGAGCUCGGAUCUCGACUUUUACGAUGUCGAUUUUGAGGGCGAGAAGCCAGAGUCCGCCAAGGACCUGACUGCUAACCUGCAGCUCAUGAACACAGCCGACCACUACGGUGUCACGGAUGUCGAGUGGGAUCCCUCAGGCCGAUUUGUCGCUACGUGGGCAUCGGCAUGGAAGCAUGCGAUGGAAAAUGGAUACCACAUUUACGACUUCAAGGGCGAGGCGCUCCGCGAAGAGCCUAUUGAGAAAUUCAAGCAGUUUCAGUGGCGUCCACGCCCCCCUACCAUGCUCUCAAAAGAUGAGCAGAAGCAGAUCCGCAAGAACCUGCGUGAGUACAGCAGAGUAUUCGAGCAGGAGGACGCCGACCGUGGUGCGUCUGCCGAUCUCGCGGUCGUCGAGGCCCGCCGCCGCGUCCUGGACGAGUGGCAUGCUUGGCGUGCGGAGGUGGAGGCUGAGGUCGCUGAAGAGCGGGAAGUCCUGGGCCUGCCGCAAGAUCCACAUGCUGCCCUUCUAGAGGCAAAGACAAAGGAGGUGGAGGCGCUCGACGGCGCAAGCAACGAAGACGACCGGGUGAUUGAGGAGAUUGUCGAGGAUGUGUUGGAGGAGAGCGAGGAGAUUGUGGCAUAG